GCAUUCCCCAUUUUCUUUUCUCAUUGUCCCCUCUGUCCUCGUGCGCUUCCUCCGAACAAUUCGCUCGUCGGUUUCAACCUCAAUACUUGUCUGUCUCCGAAAAACUGAACUCACAGAUCUUCCGAAACCUUAAUUCUUACGAGUUUUAGAAGUGCCAUUUUUGCAUUGGCCAUCACAUGACAUCAUUGCAUUUUUCUCUUCUGCUGUUCAGUUCAGUUAGCACCUAAUUUUUCAAAGUGAAUGUGAGUAAUGGACAUUACUGAGGUUGAAGAAAAUCUUUUCGCGGUGGGCGAUGCCAAGUUACAUGGAGAUAUGUGCAAGCGUCUGUCUGCAAUAUACUGCAAAAUAUUGUCAUUAUUUCCUUCUUUAGAAGCAGCUAGGCCUAGGAGUAAAUCUGGAAUUCAGGCAUUAUGUUCAUUGCACGUAGCCUUAGAAAAGGCAAAGAAUGUUCUUCAGCACUGCUCAGAGUGUAGUAAACUUUACUUGGCUAUAACUGGGGAUUCUGUUCUUCUAAAAUUUGAGAAGGCUAAAUGUGCUCUUGAAGAUAGUCUUAAACAGGUGGAAGACAUUGUUCCUCAAUCUAUUGGAUGUCAGAUUGACAAAAUUGUGAAUGAACUUGCAAGUACGGUAUUUGCACUUGACUCAUUAGAGAAGCAAGUUGGGGAUGAUUUAAUUGCAUUGCUUCAGCAGGGGACAAAGUUGAACAAUUCUAAUGACAGUAAUGAGCUUGAAUGUUUUCAUCUGGCUGCUACUAGACUUGGAAUCACUUCUUCAAGAGCAGCCCUUACAGAACGAAGAGCUCUCAAAAAACUCAUAGGAAGGGCCCGGGCUGAGGAAGACAAGCGGAAGGAAUCAAUUAUUGCAUAUCUCUUACACCUUAUGAGGAAAUAUUCCAAACUAUUUAGAAGUGAGUUCUCUGAUGAUAAUGAUUCUCAGGGUUCUCAACCUUGUUCACCCACUGUUCAGAGAUCUCUUGAGGAUGGCGUUCCUGGUGGUCAAUGUCUUGCCUUUGACAGACAGCUUUCAAAACUUAGUUCCUUUAAUUUUAAGCCAAAUAAUAGGAAAUCAGGACAGAUGCUCCUUCCACCUGAAGAGUUAAGGUGCCCAAUAUCUCUGCAACUUAUGAGUGAUCCUGUUAUAAUUGCUUCUGGGCAAACAUAUGAAAGGGUAUGUAUAGAGAAAUGGUUCAGUGAUGGGCACAACACCUGCCCAAAGACUCAGCAGAAACUUCAACAUUUUUUUUUGACUCCUAAUUACAAUGUUAAGGGUCUUGUGGCUAGUUGGUGUGAACAGAAUGGAAUACCCAUUCCUGAAGGCCCUCCCGAAUCUCUUGAUUUUAACUACUGGAGAUUGGCAUUAUCAGAAUCUGACUCCACAAAUUCAAGAUCCAUAAACAGUGUCAACUCUUGCAAAUUGAAGGGUGUCAAAGUUGUUCCUCUAGAAGAGAGUGCUAUCUCAGAGCAAACAGGGGGAAAUGCAACUGAAUGUUUUUCUACACAAGAGGGAGAUAAUGAGCAGUAUCUUAGUUUUCUAAAAGACUUGACAGAUGGAGACAAUUGGAAGAGGAAGUGUAAAGUGGUAGAACAGUUGAGGUUGUUGCUGCGGGAUGGUGAGGAAGCCAGGAUUUUUAUGGGGGAUAAUGGAUUUGUUGAAGCACUUGUGCAGUUUCUGCAAUCAGCUGUUCAUGAAGGGAAUGUGAUGGCUAUAGAAAAUGGAGCCAUGGCUCUAUUCAACUUAGCUGUGAAUAACAACAGAAAUAAGGAAAUUAUGAUAUCAGCAGGAAUCUUAACGUUGUUGGCAGAAAUGACUUCAAACACUAGUUCAUAUAGUUGUGCAACCGCCUUGUAUCUGAAUCUUUCUUGCCUUGAGGAAGCCAAGCAUAUGAUUGGCACAAGCCAGGCUGCCCAGUUCCUAAUCAAGAUUCUUCAAGCCAAGGCAGAAGUCCAGUGCAAGCUAGAUUCCCUCCAUGCACUCUAUAAUCUUUCAGCUGUACCCUCCAAUAUUCCAAACCUCCUUUCAUCUGGCAUCAUUAAUUCCCUACAAUCCCUUAUUGUAGGCCAGGGUGAUUCCACGUGGACGGAAAAAUGCUUAGCCGUUUUGGUAAAUUUGGCUGUUUCUCAAGUGGGAAGAGAAGAAAUGAUGUUGGCUCCUGGACUCAUAAGCGCAUUGGCGUCCGUACUUGAUACCGGUGAGCCCUUAGAGCAGGAACAAGCUGCUGCUUGUCUCCUAAUUUUGUGCAACAGGAAUGAGAAGUGUUGUGAGAUGGUCCUGCAAGAAGGGGUUAUCCCUGCAUUGGUGUCAAUAUCAGUGAAUGGAACCUCAAGAGGAAGAGAAAAAGCUCAGAAACUCUUGAUGCUCUUCCGAGAGCAGCGACAAAAAGAGCAUUCAACUUCUAACUCACAAAAUCAAUGCUCGUCUGAAACUAGUGAAUUGUCUGUGCCUCCUACUGAAACAAAACCACUAUGUAAAUCAAUUUCUAGAAGAAAGGUGGGGAAAGCUUUUAGCUUUCUCUGGAAAAGCAAGAGCUAUUCUGUUUCCCAGUGUUAAGUUCCAUGUAAAUUUCAGUUUGAUUCUUAACUUUUCUGGCCUUGCUUUUUUAUCCUCCUCUCACUCCUUUUCCCAUGGGUGCUCCGUACUUUUUGGUUUCCAAAACGAAAGAAGAGAUGUACAGUCUUGUGUAAU